GCGCGCCAAUCCCGGGUCCGCCUGAGGAGGCUGGAGGGAUGGCGAGUGGGGCCGAGCGGGGACACACCGGCUGAGGCGGCUGAGGCGGCGGCGAGGAGGGCGGCCCGGGCCGAGGCGGCGGGCUGAGGGGGCCGCCGGAGAGGUGUUCAAGAUGAAUCUGGAAAAACUCAGCAAACCUGAACUACUGACUCUGUUUAGCAUUCUUGAAGGGGAACUAGAAGCAAGAGAUCUUGUCAUAGAAGCCUUAAAGGCCCAGCGCAGAGAUGCUUUCAUUGAAGAGCGCUAUGGAAAAUUCAACAUCAGUGAUCCGCUGAUGGCUCUUCAGAGGGAUUUUGAGGCGCUGAAGGAAGAGAACCAUGGCGAUAAGCAGCCCGUUUGUGCCAAUCCCUUGUCCAUCCUGAAGGUUGUGAUGAAACACUGCAAGAAUAUGCAGGAGAAAAUGUUGUCCCAGCUCGCAGCUGCAGAGAGCAGGCAUCGAAAGGUAAUCUUGGAUCUUGAGGAAGAGAGGCAGAGGCACGCCCAAGAUACUGCUGAAGGGGAUGAUGUCACGUACAUGCUGGAAAAGGAGCGAGAGCGGCUCACCCAACAGCUGGAAUUUGAGAAGUCCCAGGUGAAGAAGUUUGAAAGGGAGCAGAAGAAGCUCUCGAGUCAGCUGGAGGAGGAGCACGCCCAUCACAAGCAGCUCUCCUCCAUGCUGGUGCUGGAGUGCAAGAAAGCCGCCGCCAAGGCUGCGGAGGAGGGCCAGAAGCUGGGGGAGCUGAGCGGGAAGCUGGAGAAGGAGAGGAGCAAAGUGAGCCAGCUGGAGGAGGAGCUGGCAGCCAAGAAGAAGAGGGGCUUGCAGAUGGAGGCCCAGGUCGAGAAGCAGCUCUCGGAGUUCGACAUCGAGCGGGAGCAGCUGAGAGCCAAGCUGAACCGGGAAGAGAACCGCACCAAGGCCCUGAAGGAAGAAGUGGAGCAGCUGAAGCAGACCCUCAAGGAGCUGGAGGCUUCCUGCAAAGCAGAGAACCCUCCACCCAGUGUCUCCAAGGUGUCCAUUGCGACCGUCACAGAAGACCCAUGUCGGUCCGUCGCUUGCCAGACAGAAAGCCCCUUGAAGGAGAGCCAGGGAAGCACCAUCAAACUGGCACGUGCCCUAUCACCUGUCACUGCCACGGCCCCCCAAUCUUACGCCAAGGCAAAUGGGCACUGCGAGGCUGAUGCACAAGCGAGCGUGGAGCCAGCCCAGCCCAGCAUGGAGAAUCUGGAGAAGAACAAGCCUGCUGGGUCCACUCCUGAGGGUCCCACUGAAAACAGCAGCUCCCCGGUGAGGACAGAGUCUCUUUCCCCAUCCAUCCCGCCGCUGCCUUCCAGUGGGAUCUCCUUGUCUCCGAGCAACACCGCCUCUUCCUCGCUGACGUCCUCCCCGUGCUCCUCCCCAGUGAUGACGAAGCGCUUGGUUGGAGCCUCGGCCAGCAGCCCCAGUUACCAGUCUUCCUACCAGGUGGGGAUCAACCAGCGCUUCCACGCUGCUCGCCACAAAUUCCAAUCCCAAGCUGACCAGGACCACCCGUCGAGCGGUCUCCAAAGCCCUCCGUCCAGGGACCUGUCGCCCACCCUCGUUGACAACUCGGCCGCCAAGCAGCUUGCCCGCAACACCGUCACUCAGGUCCUCUCCAGGUUCACCAGCCAGCAGGGUCCCAUCAAGCCCGUCUCGCCCAACAGCUCCCCCUUUGGCACAGACUACCGGACCCUGGCCAGCGCCAUGAGCCCCAAAAGCGAGUCGAGCCCGGGCAAAGUCUCCAGCCCGCUGAGCCCGCUCUCGCCUGGCAUUAAAUCGCCAACCAUACCCAGAGCCGAAAGAGGGAACCCUCCGCCGAUUCCUCCAAAGAAACCUGGGCUGGCUCCUUCUCCAGCCAGCCACACUCCACCGACGAAGACCUCCUCUCAGGCACCUUCUCUGGGUUCCCCUGCGGACUUGGCGAGCAGCUGCUCAAUCAAUGCCGUGGUGGCCAACGGGAAGGAAAUUGAGAUCUUACUGCCAGCCAACAGCUAGUCUCCAGAAAGAGCUGCAAUCCGAGCGUUUGCAAUUCCCAGAGCUGAAACACUGUCUUAGCCACUCCAUGUUAUUUAUUAUUUGGGUAGUAACAAAAAUCUGUUUGUAUAACACACUUAGUGUCCUUUUCCUUUUAUUUUAUAGCGUGUAGAAAAUAGCACGACUUGUGUACAGACCUUUCUUAAACACUAGAGCCUCAAGGUCUCUCAUAGCAGCAGGCACAUCAAACAGAGAGAGAAAAAGAGACGGAGAGAUGCGGUGAAUUCCUGAUGCUGGGAGCGGACCAGCGGACUAUGAUGACGGAACACUCAUUUUUAAAUUAUGCAGAAAAAAACACAACACUCCAUGCAAACUUCCAUUCCAGACAGACAUUUUCUAAGAAGUGCCUGAGCUUAAGCCUGCAGAUAUGAAUGUGAUUCUCUGCAAAUCCCAGAAGGGAUCGUCCAACUGCAGAAAGCAGUUUCCUCUCUGAAUCAUGAAUGUUGAAAUCAACACUGUUCUUAAUCCAGUUCGCAGUACACUACAGAAGGGGAAUGUUCCAAAGGUGACCGCUAGAAUCGGUCAGUUGUUUCCCUGCUAUGAACCAAGUCAGUCCAUGUAGCUGCUGUGUCAGGAGCACUUUGGCCCCUGUUGCUGAGCUUUAGGCAACCCAGGCCUUUCUGACGACAUAACCUUUCUUUAAAAACACUUUGGGAGCUUUAAACAAUCAGGGUGCCAGUUUGUUUGGGUUUUCUUUUUCCCAGUCAAGUAUCCAUUCCUUGCAUUUUUCUCUUACGCAGAGAGAUAAAAUAGGCGAGAUCAAAUCUUGAAAGCUAGCUUUUAAUAUUCUUCACAUAGUCUACUGUUGUAUGUGUGUGUGUGUGUAGAACUUCUGAGAGCGGGAUCUUGUUAUUUGAUAAAGAUCUUCAACGUUA